CCAUCAGGCGGUUCUUAUCCGCAAUGACAUAUUCGGGCCUCCCUCGGAGGAAACAUGCUCCAGGAGAUGACAAACCUGGCCGCAAGUCCUACCUGUACUAUGCGCAGCGGCGAAAGCUGCACCUGGAAAGCGGGCCAACGCUACCGAAAUACUCGCCAAAUACCAAUGUUUCUGCGGCAUCUGUGAGAGGGAAAUGGGUGAGAUUUUGCACUGAGGCAUGCCUGGACCCGGACGAUCUUCUUAAAAACAUGACUUCAGCAGACGUCAAAUCCUGGUUCGACUGGAUUGAAAAGAACUUCAAAGGGUCUAUUAAAGCCCACGGCGCGCUUGCCAACUACUGGAGAACUUUGAAGAGGCUAUACUUCUUGAAAACCCGCCGGGAGAUGGAUGCAGACAUGAGGGUAGAUUGCCUCAACUAUAUGAAUGUUGUCAGUACGAGAAUGGGUUUGCGUAAGCACUCACUGCCAAAGCCGACUGGCCAAUCGGAGGAUCUUUUGCAGUAUCUUGUGUCCCAUCUUGUGGAUUGUGAUUCGGUAUUUGCGGACGAAAAGCAGCGUCUCUAUGCCCUCCCGGCGCUCAAUCUGUCCUGCAUAUCUGCCUGUCGAGCCGUAUCUUUCUUUGACACAAGACACCGCGUCCAAUAUCAGGCGGACGGCACGUUGGUACCUCCUACAAAUACGUCAGCUAAGGUUAGAACGCCUUUACCUUUGCCUUCCAUCAAGGAGGCCCUGUGUGAUCCAGGAACCAAAAUCAGCAUGGGAAGCGACGAUUAUGCGGAAGGAGGUUCGAUAUCCGAGACCAGCUCGUAUACUGACUCGGAAGUGGAUACGGCGAGCGACAGCGAUCACCAGUCAGAUUGUUCUAGUGUCACAGAUGACGGGUACCUUAACGGGAAUGAGGAGACGGGCACUAUCCUUUGGCGGCACGUGGAAUUCUAUAUUAUUCGUAACCCAGUGCCUGGACGUCGGCAUAUCCUAGCCGCCAUUGUGUCCAUCCUGCAUACGAAAGGGGAAGGAAGGAAGCCUCGGCUGAAGAGAUAUGUUAUCGAGCACGAGGAUAAUUUGAUAUUCGAUGUUUUAUCACAGCUUCUGGCGCUGGCAAUACAUGAUGAUAUCUUCGAAGCUACUAUCCAAGAUGUGUCCCAUAUAUACACAGUACCAAUUCCUAAUCAUCGAAAGGGCAUCCAGCUGAAGAUAAAGAGAGAAAAGCUGGAUGUAUCGGUCUUCCGUGAGCCUGAACAUACCCCCGAGGGCUACAGGACAUCUGAUUCGCGCCCUCUGAAGUCCAAGACCUGGAGCCGGUAUGUCAAACGGAUUGGAGUGCGAAGUGGCCAGGAACGUAACCUUACACAGAAGGUGUUCCGGCGCGGUGCAAUCAAUGCCAUUAACAGUAACAACGCUCCAUCCUCGGUCCGUGAUCAAGUCGCUGAUCACGAAUCUAAUGCCGUGAAAUACUACCUCAAUGAGAUAGUCGAUUUUGAUACAGCGGCAGCGUUUCACAAACGCCCAUCAAACGAGGUCGUUCAACGUGAGCUGAGAUCAGCGACCUUGCUGGCGGAUAAAACCGCACCUAUUGGAUUGACGGCUGCCCAGGCUCAGAGAAUCUCUAGGGACCCUGAGGUCCGUCGUCUUCGAAGCGUCUGUCGCGCAUUGACUGCGGAAAUCCGCAGCCAGGGCUAUAAACUUCUGAAGGAUGCCGCAGGCACCGAGAUCGGUGAGCGGAAGAAACGUGCAGAUGUCGAGCUCAACAGGACACUUACAAGGCUCCGAGAGGAGGCCAAGGAGAGGAAUCGCCGAAAACACUUUCGGAGGACAGACACGGCUAUUUUCAACCAACAGUACGAGCUCGAUCGGCCCUGUCAUGAGGCUAAACUACAGCCUCAUGUGGCCCGGACCUACCAAAUCCCCGAGCGCAAGGAGCUCGUUGAUCUGCUCUGCUAUUCAACUCCCACCAAAACAGACGAGGAAGCUCAUCUUCGUCGGUUGGAAUACAUCCGCCUUAUGGUCCUAUGGCAAGACCGGAAGGAGAGUCCUCGGCGGGGUAAGCAGUCAGCGACCAUACCAAAGCUGCAGCCAGCGAACCCUUCAUCUGCCAGUGUCGUCGAAAAAUUUGACCCUCUGCAAUGUCCAUUUUGCCUUUCGGAUACGCGCCUCUCACCUGCUGACCGCACGAAGCGAAAGAGCAAAACAAAUAAGCUCUGGGACCACGUGGAAAGGAUUCACGAGCAAGAGCUUGCAGCAUUUGACUCGGGAUUUCGCAAAUGCGGACUAUGUGGGCUGAGGAAUAUUGACUUCAUGCCAUCUAGCGCGUCCAAUUUUAAGAACCACACCCACACCGUGCAUGGAAUCAGACUCAGACCUUAGUUUAAUGCACUCAAAUAGUUAAAUUUGACUUUAUGAAACCUGCACAGACGUUAGCAAUUCAACAAUGACGCUCUUGAC